UCAAUCAUGCUUUUCAUCGUUCUCUUUUAACGCGCCAAACCGCAAAACGAACAUCAGAAUUUUGUCAGGGUCUAAAAGGGAACAGCGGAAGUUGUGAUUCAGAGAUUGUUGUCACAAAAUUGGAAUUUCUUCUGUCGUUUUCAACAGCAGUUGCUUUCUGCUGCAGUAAGCUAUGAGUGUUGGUUCCCCUAUGGUGGGGUCCCUGCAGGUAAAAUGGGACCCCAAGAAUCUGGAGAUUCGAACCAUGUCUGUAGAAAAGACCUUGGAACCACUGGUCACUCAGGUGACUACGUUGGUGAAUCAAAAAAGCCCUUCAAACAAGAAGAAGGGCAGAUCAAAGAAAGCCCAUGUUUUGAGUGCCGCUGUACAGAAAGCUACAGAGAAUUUUAUCGCAAGGGGAGAGGAAAUAGCCAACGAAAACCCAGACAUUAGGGUGGAUAUGAUGGCAGCUGUUGAUGAAGUCAGAAAAACAGGUGAGGUGAUGAGGGACUCCUCCACAGAAUUCGCUGCUGACCCCUGCUCCCUGUCCAAGAGAGGAGCCAUGGUCCGGGCCGCCAGGGCUCUCCUGUCAGCUGUCACUCGACUACUGAUUCUAGCAGAUAUGGUUGAUGUCCAUCUAUUACUGAAAUCCCUCAGAAUGGUUGAAGGUGACUUGGACAGAGUCCGUAAUGCUACGAGUCAGCAGGAACUGAUGUCCAGUUUCAAAGACCUAGGAGAGAGCCUGGUAGAUCUUGCUCAGCGGGCUGCUCAAAGACAAAAUGAUCUGAAGGACCCCAGGAGAAGAGACGACUUAGCUGCUGCCAGGGCCGUCCUCAAGAAGAACAGUAUGAUGCUGCUCACCACUUCAAAGGCGUACGUGAGACACCCAGAGCUUGCCCCUGCCAAAUCCAACAGGGACUAUGCCUACCAGCAGCUUGUGGAUGCUGUCAACACUAUAUCGGGGGUGGCCCAGGCCUCUGGGGCCUCUGAUGCUCACCCGUAUGAGGGGGCAGGAGAAUUAGCCUCAGCUCUUGAUGAAUUAAUGCAAAAAAUAAUCAUGGAUCCCCUGACCUACAAUGAAGUGAGAACGAGGCCAUCAUUAGAGGAACGCCUGGAGAGCAUCAUCAGUGGAGCUGCUCUAAUGGCCGACUCUUCCUGCACGAGGGACGAUCGCAGGGAGAGGAUCGUACAGGAGUGUAAUGCUGUCAGACAGGCACUUCAAGACCUGCUAACGGAGUACAUGAACAAUUGCAGGAAGCCACAUACAAGUAAAUUCAAGUCUCAGCAAGGAAGAAGUGAGGUCAGUGACGAUCUACAGAGAGCCAUUGAUAACAUGGAGAGGAAGACCAAAGACCUAAAGAGACAGCUGAGAAAAGCAGUGGUGGAUCAUGUUUCUGACUCGUUCCUUGAGACCAAUGUCCCACUGUUAGUCCUGAUAGAGGCUGCCAAGGCCGGGGAUGAGAGGGGGGUGGAGGAAUAUGCCCAGGUGUUCGCUGACCAUGCCAACAAACUGGUGGAGGUUGCCAAUCUCGCCUGCUCCAUGUCCAGCAAUGCAGAAGGUGUGAAGAUGGUGAGAUUGACGGCAGCUGAGCUUGAGAGCCUCUGUCCACAGGUCAUCAAUGCAGCUCGUAUUUUGGCCAGUCGACCCAGAUCUAAGGUUGCUCAGGAGAACAUGGAUGUGUUCAAGGACGCCUGGGAGAGGGAGGUCCGAAUCUUAACAGACGCAGUUGAUGAUAUUACAACUAUCCACGAUUUCUUAGCUGUCUCAGAGAGCCAUAUCCUAGAAGAUGUCAACAAAUGUGUGGUAGCGCUACAGGAGGGAGAUGCAGACACACUUGACCGUACAGCAGGGGCCAUCAGGGGGAGAUCCUCCCGAGUCUGUAAUGUGGUGACAGCAGAGAUGGAAAAUUACGAGGCAGGGGCAUAUGUGGACAGAGUAAUGGAAGCAGUUGUAAUGCUUAGGGACCAAGUGAUGCCUAACUUUGCAGAAAAGGUGGAAGUAGCAGUGGAUGCUCUCAGUUACAACCCUCCACGGGAAGUGGAUGAGAAUGAAUUCAUCGAUGCCAGUCGACUUGUUUAUGAUGGAGUCCGGGAUAUCAGACAAGCAGUGCUACUAGACAGGACUGAAGUUGAAACAGAUUCAGAAGUUGAAGACGAUCCAUAUGAAACCAGAAGCAAAUCAAGUUACAUGACCGGCAUGGAUGAUGACCUCGGUAAGAGUGACCGGGCCAUGAUGAGGCAGCUGCCUGCUGAGGAGCGGGAGCAGAUCCAGAUGCAGGUCCAGGAAUUCCUGGCGGACAAAAUGAAGCUGGACCGAGAGGUGGCCAAGUGGGACGACAGUGGGAACGACAUCAUUGUCAUGGCCAAGCAGAUGUGUAUGAUCAUGAUGGAGAUGACUGACUUUACAAGAGGAAGAGGGCCACUAAAGAGUACAAUGGAUGUGAUCAAUGCUGCCAAGAAAAUUUCUGAGGCUGGUAUACAACUGGAUAAACUUGCCAAACAAAUUGCUGACCAGUGUCCCAACUCGGCCGAAAAGAAAGAUCUGAAUGCUUACCUUCAAGAAAUCGCUCUCUUUUGCCAUCAACUUAACAUCACUAGUAGAGUGAAGAGUGAUAUUACAAGUGUCAGUGAACAAGCUAUUGUUGUGACAGGGUUGGACAGUGCCACAUCACUCAUUAUGGCUGCCAAGAAUCUCAUGAACGCUGUAGUACUGACUGUCAAAGCUUGUUAUGUGGCAUCUACCAAGUACAAGCAAGCAGGCAAUACAUCAACUGUGGUAAUGUGGAAAAUGAAGCCCCCAGAGAAAAAAGCAUUGGUCAAAAGGGAAGAUCCCAAUGAACUUCGAUCCAAAAUCCGCAAAGGUGCACGCAAGAAGAAUAUGGAGCCAGUGAAGGCCCUCAGUGAGUUUCAGGAAAUCGACAGUUUUUGCUGAAAGGCACAAAAUCUAUGGACACACUGACCAAUUGUAUCUUACUGACCAAUUGUACUAGAAAAAAAUCAAAUUCUCUACUGACACUAAAGAUUAUACCAUUCCAAGAAGAAAAAAAAUUAACAACUUAUUUGGUGAAUUCAAUUUAGAUCAAGUUGAUUCUCUUGCAGAUCUGACACUUUUAUAUCAGUUGGUAGUAUUUUUUUUGCGGUCAAGGUUUUUGACCUCUUGAAGCAUGAAAGGUUGUUGAUAUAUAUAUAAAUCUUCUUGCAUUAAGAAUUUUUUUUUAUUAAAAAAUCUGUGAUUUGGACAGUAGGUUGUGAACAAAUUUUAUUAAAAUACACAUAUGGUACCAUGAAAAAACAACCUGGUUGUAACACUAUUGUAUAAAAAGGUUAAGAAAUUUAUUCAUUUGAACUGUCAAUGUAUUGGUUUUUUUCUACUUUAUACUAGAUUUUGCCCAUUACAAUUUAGAGAGAAAUAUUAGUAUGUAUUGCUUGUUUUAUUCCCAGCAGAAGAAAAUCAGUAUAAACUUGUACAUUCUUUACAUAUGUUAAACUUGAAACAUUUACAGCAUCAUCAUGUCACAUACACUUUCAUUUUUACAUAGUUGUUAAAAAUUUACAUUAAUAUUUUUAAAUAUAAUUUUAAGGUUUUUGUCGCAUUUUUAUUUGAUUAUUAGAUGACAUUUGAUUACACAUUUAAUGAGACGUUGACUUUUUAUAUCUUUAUAAAAUGCACAUGAAUCACCGUACAUGUAAGCCAUAUGUCUUGUGUUAGGAUUGUGAGCUUUCCAUUGGUUGUGAAUUGUGACCCUAGGUCAUCUUUAUCAUACAUAUGCAUCUGUUAGCAGGCUAGGCAUAAGUCUUAUCAUAAAAUCAUUAAAUAUUUCCAGAUAACAA